GCGCCUUAUUUGAAUUGAUUUAUUGCUUGUCCGCAGGUCCUCAUUUUUUCUUCAUGAUGCAAGUCGAGACAGAACGUGUUCCCAAAGGCAAUAUUCUUAGACUUUGGGGCAACUUAAAUACAAUGAAUCUUAACACCAUGAUCCAUACUAACAUACUACAAUCACCUUAUUUCAAAAACAACCUCUCUGAGCUCACUACGUAUCAUGAAGUUAUAGAUGAAAUCUAUUAUAAGGUUAGCCACUUGGAGCCAUGGGAACGUGGUAGUCGUAAAACCGACGGUCAAAGCGGAAUGUGUGGAGGCGUGAGGGGUGUUGGUGCUGGGGGUAUUGUUUCGACAGCGUAUUGCUUACUGUUUAAGCUUUUCGCCUUAAAGCUCACUAGAAAGCAAUUAAAAUCUAUGCUCGAGCACCCUGAUUCUCCUUAUAUUCGUGCUCUUGGUUUUAUGUAUAUAAGAUACUGUCUUCCUCCUGAAGAUCUAUGGACGUGGUACUAUCCUUACAUUAAUGAUCCAGAGUUAAUUGAUGUCAAGGCUGGUGGUGGAAUGAAUAUGACAAUAGGGUCGAUGAUUGAACAGUGGAUUACAAGAAUUGAUUGGUUUGCUACACUGUUUCCUCGAAUUCCUGUGCCUGUAGAGAAAAAAAUCAAGGAAAAGCUUUGGGCAUAUAAGCAGCAAAUGCUUCAAGAAACCAAAAAGAUCCAAUUACCUCAAAAUGACACUGAGAAGGAUAUCCGUGUCCGUGAUUCUGCGCUUGAAGCUGCAACUUCUCCUCUCCGUAACGAUGAUGGUGUCCGUACGCAUAAAUAUCUGCUUUAUGUCAGUUAUCGA